GCAAUAAUUAGGAGCUGGACCAGCGUGCAGGGUGUGGGAGAGAUAGAGAACCAACAUGACCUCUUGUCGGUUGUUCUGCAAGACAAAACUUGCAAUGUAGUCAUCACUCUCCGUGAGUGCAAAACAACCCCACUGUUCCUUUUUUUUAGUUCAUUUUUCUGCUGCUUCAUGGAUGCUACCAAACAACAUCUUCUUCUAUGCCCUCUCAUAAAUUAACAUUCAUUUCACAAUUGUCUCUAUGUCAAAACCUGUUAUAUUUUAUAUACUCUCUAAUUUCUUUUCCAGCUUCUUUCUCUCUCUCUUCCCAAGGUUUUGCUGGUGCAAUUAAGCUUCCUGCACUUCUUAUUUACCUCACACUCCCUAGGGCCCCAGUUGAUAGCCUCGUCUAGCUUCCUUCAAUUUCCAACAGUGUAUCAGUUUAUUUUGUCCUCUCUCUCUGUCUUUAAGAAUUUUCCUUUUCACAAAAAUUGCACUCUUACAACUUUGUUUACACUUUCCCCGUGCUGGUGCUGCUGCUACUGUAUACGGUUAAUAGUGUUGUUAUUAAUACUCACCACUGGAAUUUAAUUGGUAGGUUUAGCUCAUACAACGUCAAUAUCAAGUGAGCACAGGAAAAAACUUUGUUAUUGGUGUGAUUAAGUCUGUUCUUAAUUAGAGGAGAUGAAUUAGGGUUGAACACACUACAGGAUGAUCACAAUCACAGUUAAGGAGAAUAUGAUCAUUUGAAGAGCUUAGAUUAGAUUAGAUUAUUAAAAUAAGAAGAAAAACAAAAUAGAGGGGAAUGAGAUUAAGUUUAGAUCUUGGCCUUCUUUAAUGGACAUGAGAGAGCAAGAUAAGGUAAUAGAGAUGCCUAGCACUUUGGGUUAUAACCUCCCCAAUAGAAAUUCAUCUUCCUCCAAGUUAUCAUCACCAAUAGGGGAAAGAAGUGAGCAACCUCCUCAAUCUCACACAUUGCUUUUCACUGAUCCACCCCAAACAACUUCACAUCAUCAUCAUCAUCAUCCUCUCAACCCCCCUAUUUCUCUUCCACCAAACCCUCCCAGACCCAGAAGAGAUCCAGAUCCAACUCCUGUUUCUCCUCCUGCCAUAACCACCCCGAGAACACAACCACACUCCACAGGAACUUUCACGACAACAUUCAGAUACCGAGAAUGUCUGAAGAAUCAUGCUGCCAGCAUGGGGGGCCAUGUCACAGAUGGGUGUGGGGAGUUUAUGCCAAAUGGAGAAGAAGGCACCCCGGAAUCCUUCAAGUGUGCUGCUUGUGAGUGCCACCGCAAUUUCCACAGAAAAGAAUCUGAAGGCGAAUCAUCACAGCAUGUUCUCAACUACCACCUCACUUACCCCGGCAAAACCAAUAGAAACACCGUUCUUCAUUCUCCGCAAUCUCAUCUCCACGGCGUGGUGGCUACCCCUUCUGGUGGGCCGGUUCAGCCCGCGAUGUUGGGGUUUGGGGGAACCCCAGCUGAGUCGUCGAGCGAAGAUCUCAACAUGUUUCAGAGCGAUGAUGCAGGGCAAUUGUUAUCAGUGCAGCCACCACUGUCAUCGUCGAAGAAGAGGUUCAGGACCAAGUUUUCACCGCAACAAAAGGAUAAGAUGAUGGAGUUUGCUGAGAAACUGGGGUGGAAGAUCCAGAGACAAGAUGAACAGGAACUGCAUCAGUUUUGCUCUCAGGUUGGUGUAAAAAGACAGGUUUUCAAGGUUUGGAUGCACAACAGCAAGCAAGCCAUGAAGAAGAAGCAAAUGUAAGCCUAGAUUAAUCAAAUUCCUUCUCUUUCAGAUUAAUUGUUGAUUUUUUUUUCUUUUGAAUUUUUGUGUUUAAUAAAAACACUCAGAGACUUCAAAAUCUUAGAUGUGAAUACUAUCACAUAUAAGAAAAUAGGUCGCUAAGCUAGCUAGCUACACACGUUAGUCGAAAGCUGCUACGCUAUUGUGUAUUCUCAUCUGUUUGUUAUUAAUUAAAUUAACCAUUCAAUUUCCAUGGGCAA